AUGAGUAUAUUUCGUUUUGGACAUGCUGAAUAUUCAAUAAAUUUUUUUCUUGCAUCAAGUUUAAUGUUUUUAAGUACAUGUUGUUGUAUAUCAGCAUUUGCAUCACCUUAUUGGACAAAACGUUAUCAAGAUACACCAAAAGAUUUUCAAAAUAUUGGCUUAUGGGAAUUAUGUUUAUAUAAAUAUCGUCAUUAUAAAGAUGAUUUACAAAUACCUUAUACAGGUUGUUUUUGGUUUUGGACAAAUGAAAUGUAUCGUUUUCGAGAUUGGAUUAUUCCAUCUUGGUUUAAAUGGGUACAAGCAUUUGCUACUUUAGGAUUAAUUUUUACAAUAAUGACUAUUUCAAGUUUAAUUGUAGCAGUUUUUUCAUCAUUUCGUUGGCAAUGGAGAUAUCAAUUAGUUGUGUGUAUUAUGUCAUUUGUUAUUUUUGUGUGUGAACUGAUUGCUGUGUGUGUCUAUGGUCUUUAUAGUCAAGAUCGUCUUUGGAUGCCACGACCAGAAUUUAAUUAUUUAUCCUAUAGUUAUUGGUUGGAAUGCACAGGACUUUUUUUUGCUUUCUGUGCUUGUGUAUUAUUUGCUGGUGAAAUUCAAUUUCUACGUGAAUAUACUGAAGAUUAUAUGGAUGAAAUGUAUCAUCACAAAGAUUUUCCUUAUUCAUUACCCAAUGGUUCUCAUCUGCAGUUAACUGAAGGUCAUGGUCGUUUAUCACGAUCUCAUUUGUAA